AUGGAUCAGCGGUAUGUCUGGUGCAAAAAAGGCAAGGCUUAUGAGCAUAAGAAUACUGUCACAACGGUCAAACAUGGAGAUUCUCUGAAGGACUUAUUUGAAUUUUUGGGCUUUCUGGUUGAAGUCAAGGAAGACAAGACUGCAGACCAAAUAAAAGAGCUUAUGACUCUAUACAGUAAAGAUGAUCGGCAUGGAGACUGCUUUGUCUGUUGUGUGAUGAGUCAUGGAAAUAAGACUGGUGUUGAGGGAUGUGAUGAGCAAAUAUGCCCCCUAAAUGACAUAACCUCCCCAUUUGAUGGAGUCAACUGCCCCGCUCUUAUUGGCAAACCUAAAGUGUUCAUUAUCCAGGCAUGUAGAGGGCUUCAGAUGCAGAGUAAAGUGGUGGUUACACAUGGUGCUGGUGCAAGUCGUAUGAAGAAAUCUGGCAAUGUAUCAUACAGCAUUCCCAAAGAUUCAGAUUUUCUGAUUGCCUUGUCCACUGUGGAGGGAUAUCUGUCAAUCCGUGAUAAAUCCAGUGGAUCAUGGUGGAUCAUGCAUUUAAAAGAAGGAAGUGAACAAGGCCAGGACAUCUUGAGGAUCCUCAUUAAUGCCAAUAACGAUGUAAGCCAUAAUGAGGGCAUAGUAGAAAUGAUCAAUGAUUAAAUAAUAGAUGCAAAGAUGACCCCUCAGCCCCAGUUCACCCUUAGGAAGCUUCUUAUUUUCAAAGCCCCGAAGGUCAGAACGUUUUUUUUCAUAACAGAAAUGGAUUAUAAUUCUGUGCAGUGUACGUUAUAUGUCAAAAACUGAAACAUUCACAACUGAAUAUUGUUCUGUUGCAGAUCUGCAACUUCUUAAACUAAAAUGUCUCUGUUGUAUAAUUAAACAUAGC